UACAAACACCGGAAUUCAACAACCAGCAUGUCUGGCUUUGUUGCUAUCAACGCUCCCGUCGAAUCCACCCCACCCUCCCCUCGUUCAGAGUACUCCGGAAAUUCUGACAAUGUCGUCAACUCCGUGGAGCAGACGCUCCCAGUGCGCCUGAGUGGUCCGAAUAACCAUGACGCCAACACCCAUCCGCUCUCUCCACCUCGCGAGGCCUCCCCGACCGAGCUCACGCCCGUCUCGAAGACCCCUUCUAUCGCCGAAGGCACCGCUGGGCCAACCCCUGAGCCUUCCGAACAUGAGGACACAUCUAUGGAGGGCAGCGCCGAUGGCAACACUACUGUGGACGACUCUUUGGGAGAUACUACCGUCAACACUUCUAUGGAGGAUAACUCUCUCGUUAUUCCUUCGGAGGACACUCUGGACGCUACUGACGAGGAUGAAUCUUUCACCAACGACCAGCCCGCCACGGCGAUGACUAAGGCCCAAGCUCGUGCUGCUCGUGACUUCGAAUGCGUCUUCAACCCCAAGGGCCAAUGCAACACCGGCCAGUACACCAUGGACCUCGCCCGCAAGACCAUCUCUCACCACUUCGGCCGCAACAAGGCCUGCACCCGCGCCAUCAAAGGCUGGCCCAUGUACUGCCGCAAGCACUACCAGCGCGGCUGCUACGGCAAGCACCAGUGGCAGAUGACCAAGAUCGACCUGAUCAAGCACAUGUUCAAGAAGAUCGAGAGCCAGUACCCGGGCAUCGAGUACACGAUCGCGAUGAAGAAGUCUGAAGAGAAGCGCAUUAACGAGUACGCGCGCGAGCAGGCAUUCCCGACCACCAAGGAAUAUAGGUGGGCGGAUACUCCGUCGUGCAUCCCCGCCAAGGGGGAGAGCCAAGAGGCGCCCAUGAGCCUGCUCAUCAAACUCCAGGACCGUAUGGGCCCGGAUAGGGACAUGAAGUUCUGCCGCGAGACGAUCAAUAUCAUCAAGAAGGAGAUCGAGGCUGAUACAACCGACAAGCUGGAGCUCCCGAGCAUCGAGUUCCUUCCACAGAUCCCGGGCCUUCAUACGCCUAAGAAGAGCCGCGUUUCCACCAAAGGUCGCGUUCAGAAGCCGAAGUAGGCGCUUCUGGAUGCUUCGACGGCAUACUUCUGCGGCUGUUUGUAAACAUUGCAUGGCGUGGAGUUCAUUGUGGGGUUUGGCGAAGGUAAUGUUAGGCGCAAGUCUUUGCGGAGGUUCUCAAAUUGAUACCCUUACUU